AGUGACUAGACGUCAAAACAAGAUGAAACGAGGGUCGAAACCGAUGCCUGUUAAACGGCGAAGCGAAAGUUUUUUGGAUGUGGCGGAAGAGUUAAAGCUGCUAUGUGUCAAAGAGGAGGUUACCGACAUGGAAAGGGCAAAGGAACUGCGCGAAAAUAGAGUCGCUGAGUUGAGGAAAUCAAACGGAACUCUGGAGAUGGUAAGCUCUUAUUGAUCAAUUGAGGCCAAACACACAUACCUCAUAAAACGGAAGACAUGCAAAACUAAAACUUUUAUAUUUCAUCAAACUAAAAACCAAAUUAGUUGCAUGGCCGUACAUAUGCAGUGUUUUCCAGAUCACUGCCUCGCUAAUGGAAUGUUAUAAUUUGCGUCAGACAGCAGACCUAGGAGAAUUCAUUCUGUUAAAAUCAUAAAGGUGUACACAAAAUGUCAACAUUGACGCAGACGUAUGUUUUUUCCAAUUUUUCCGGUGCGGUAUGCACUAAGUUUCAUUUAGACUUCCAUAUUAUACAUAAUUCAUCAAAAUUUGAAGCGAAAUUAAGAUUUAACAUCAUAAUUGAUCAUGAACGUUAAUUUUAAGGACCUUGUUUUGAAAUGAAAAGAGCAUUAUCUAUAGAAUGAUUGCGACAGACAGCAGAACUGAGUAAUUUGAUUUCACUAAAAGCAUGGAGGUGUAAACAAAAUGUCAACAUUGGUACAAAGUUAUGUUUUCUUUCAAUAUUGGCUUGUUCUAAGCGCUGAUCCCUCAAUAAUAAGUUUCGUCUAUACUUAUGUAUUCAUAGAUAGUUCACCCAGGAGCAAGCGCGUCCGUGAAACAAUCAAAGUAUCAAAAAUUUGAGCAUGUCAACGGGUAAUUAAAAACCAGUUUGCUCGUACUUUACAUCGACAAUAUUUUCAUUCCAAACAUCAAUCCUUUCGAUUUAAAAUAGGUCGAGGAACGAGCUUAAUGGAAGUCAGUUGACAAUUGCGCACAGGAACAUGAAUUUUUAUGGAAAUGAAAAUUAAAAACCGGACGAAGCAGUAGAGUAUGCUUACAAUAUAAAUCAACCCAGCGCCCAGGCAAGAGACAAAGAGCAAACAUUUUUAUGUAUGCGAAGCAAAGUAUGAACUCUUUCAUAUUGAAACUAGUUCGUUUAUUCUAAUCGCUGUGUUCACGAAAUGCAUAACCAGUUCUGAAAACUUUGUGCAUAGAAUUUAACCUCCCAGUCGUAUCGAUAUCAGGUGCGCGGACGAAAAUAUUAUCUAGCGAUAUCCUAGACCCGUUUAAAUUAAGAUCUUAAGCCUUGAACUAAUACGGGUGAAUAAACAAAGAUUCAGUAAAUAGAAGCUGCCAGCAUUUAGUUAUCCAAUACCGACGGAGCAAGCAUUUACUACCAGUAAUGUUGAAUGGCACUUCCUCCUGAUCUUUGCGGUUUUCGCAGAAAGUUGAUGCGGAAAAGAAGUAGAAACGUGUACAUUUGUCAUUGCGCAUUUGGAUGAAACGGAAGCGGAAACGAUAAAGAGGCCUGAGAAACCAGGACGACAGCCGUGCACGUAGGUUAUGAAUUUGAGUGCAUUCUGUUGCCCUCGUAUGUGAAGCAACAGCGGCUGUAAAAUUAGUCCCAAUGACUGCAAGUAGUCAGUGCCAGACAGCAGAACUGAGUAAUUUGAUUUUACUAAAAGCACGGAGGUGUAAAAAAAAAAAUUCAACGCUGAUGCAGUGUUUUGUUUUCUUUCAAUAGUCGCUUUUUCUAAUGCCGCAUUCACACCAAAGCUUAAACAUGUUUAAAAGUUGUUUUGUUAAACACAGUUUAAUUUAUUUUUUCUUUUUAGAAACUAUUUAACCGAAUAUUUUUGACUUGAAUGUAGCACAUUGGAAAUGCAAGUUAGCAAGUACUUGAAUCCAAUGGAAAAUCAAGUUUUUCAGUGCUCUGUUUAUAAUUUUCAUUCAAUGAAAACCAGUUUAACAAAACAUGUUUUGCUGGUGUGAAUGGGGUAUAAGUGCUGAUCCCUCAAAAGUAGUUUUCGUGUAAACUUGUGUAUUUAUAGAUGGUUCACCUACGAGCCAGAGCGUCCGUGAAACAAUCAAAGUAUCUAAAAAUUUGAGCAUGUCAACGGGUAAUUAAAAACCAGUUUGCUCGUACUUUACAUUGACAAUAUAUUCAUUCCAAACAUCAAUACUUCUGAUUAUCAAAAGGUCGAGGAACGAGCCUAAAGGAAGUCAGUUGACAAUUGCGCACACAAAACAUGAAUUUUUACGGAAAUGAAAUUACAAACCGGACGAAGCAGUAGAGUAUGCUCACAAUGUAAGUCAACCCAGCAUCUAGGCAAGAGACAAAGAGCAAACAUUCUUAUGUAUGCGAAGCAAAGUAUUAAACUCCUUCGAAUUGGAACUAGUUCGUUUAUUCUAAUCGCUGUGUUCACGAAAAGCAUGACCAGUUCUGGAAACUUUGUUCAUAGAAUUUAACCUCCCAGUCAUAUGCAUAUCAGAUGUGCGGACGAAAAUGUUAUCUAGCGAUAUCCUAGACACGUUUAACUAAAGAUCUUAAGCCCUGACCUGAUACGGGUGAAUAAACAAAGAUUCAGUGGAUAGAAGCCGCCAACAUUAAGUUAUCCAAUACCGUCGGAGCUAGCAUUUACUACCCGUAAUGUUGAAUGGCACUUCCUCCUGAUCUUCACGGUUUUCGCAUAGAAACGUAUACAUUAGUCAGCAAAGCGCAUUAGGAUGAAACAAGACGACAGCCGUGCACGUAGUUUGUGAAUUUGAGUGCAAUCUGUUGCCCUCGUAUGCGAAGCAACAGUAGUGGUAAAAAAUAGUCCCAAUCACUACAGGUAGUUUUAAGAUGUGUUCGUCUGUUCGGACGAAGAAAGUUAAUCGAGGGCCUCAAAUCACCAAAUAAAGACACAGCACCGACAAAAAUCAUUAGUCCCUUUCCUCCUUUGAAAGCAUACAAAUAGGCAUAUCACAUAAAUCAAAAUAUCACAGCAAUUUUUGCUCUUUUAGGUGCAAACACCUCUGAGAAUUUUUUUUUUUUUCAAUAACCAUUCAUUGUUUAGGGAUAUAAGGGAAUCUUAGACGAUAUCAAGCAAACACUCGAUCGCCGACGAGUCCUGGAAGAGUACUAUUCAAAAGUUAAAGAUAACCUACAGACAACUGGAGCAGUUAGCGAGACUGAAAUAAAUGACUUUCGGAAGGAAGCUGAGGCAUGUCUUAAGGAUCUCGGAACCGAGAGAUACACUGUUCUCAUUCUUGGUAAGUCCUGCAACAGUAAACUUGAAACCUUUCCAAUCGUUCCCGGGCCAAAUUCAGGGGUUUUUCCUAAGGUUUCAUUUGUAAGGUCAUGGUUCACCAAUCUCAGUUUUAAAAAGUUUCAACUUUUAUUGUCAGCAUCGCCUUACACCGAAAGGCAUGGAACACUCUUCUCCGCCGCUUGGUCUGCGUUAUAAUUAUUCGCCUUCUUAACAGUUAUUCAGCUAGCAAUCCUCUUGUAAUUUUGAGACAAGAUUAUCACGGAAAUGAAAACUAUCAAUAACAAAAAAUAAUUGAGAUGUGGAAAGAAUCAAAAUAACUGUCAGUAGAUGCUUCAAAGGGUCUUACAGCCGAGGCAAAUUGUUAAUCAUUUCAAGAGGUUAACUCUUGGUGUCCGACAAAUUAUCUGUCUCUCUUUGAUGUAUAACAUCAGUUAGGAUGAAGAAGGUACGAAUCUCUUUUUAUUCACGGGUAUAUAAAAGGGCUAUAUAAUUUUCAAAUAUUCUCCAUCGUAGGAGUGGAAUUUAAUAUUCAUUGUUUAAAACCUUUCCCAUUACACCAAAACAGGAGAAACCAGCGCUGGCAAGAGCAGUCUUAUUAACCUCCUACUUGGCGAAUGCAUUAUGCCAACCAGUAUUCAGCAGAACACACUGACCAUAUGUGAAAUAUCGUAUGGAGCGGCCAAAGAAGCUGUGCUGCACUUCGCUAACGGACGCAAGUUAACUCGUGUCCUCACUGGGGACAAAUUUUACAAGUAUAAAGAUUACGUUAAAAAACCGAUAGAGGACGAAACCUGGUGUGAGUGGAUAGAGAUCAGGAUUCCAAAUCCAUUAUUGAAGGUGAAAAAACUUUUUGUAUUUGGAAUAAAAGUAACAGAGGUAUUUUACGUAUAUGAAACAAUUUGGCAUGGAAGAGCAAGAAUUCCUAAUAAAACCUGAAAAAAAAUCAAAGUUUCUCACUGUAUAAGGCUUUGCUGGCACAUGAGCUAUAGUCUAUCACAGAAAUAUUUUUUUCUUCCCUUCCUCGCUGUUGCAUAAGGAUAACAUCACAAGUGAAGUUAUCGGACAUGUAUCAAAACAUAUCUAGGAUUGAGAUCAUUUUUAGUGUCUUGUAUCCUCUGACGCACAAUGCUGUCAAUGUGCUGUGUUAUGCUGUGCCAUUCUUUUCUGUAUUGUGCUGUGGCUCGCCCCGAUAGUGACACCGAAGCUCCUGGUGAAUAAAAGAAUCGCAGUAGAAGUUUAUGAACAACCAAAAAACAGAAAAACGUGAUUAUUGUUGUGCAUUCAUUUAGUAGAGACACUCACUCUUUAAUUGCUUUCUAUAUUCUGUCUUUGUUCAUCGAUUAAGUAUCCAACAAGCUGGUACAAUCAUGUUACUUGAUUACAGUACUUUGGUAGUGUGACAGUGAUAUCACCAACAUUGGCAAACUUUUAAUAUUUACCCAAUACACGACGAUUAUCUCUUAUUCAAUUAACUAUAUCCACUGAGGUUCUCGGCUGCUCUCUCUCCUAGGGUGGUGUAGUGAUCGUAGACAGCCCAGGAAUUGGUGAUUCAAAGCGUGUCAGUGAAAUCACCUUGAAAUACUUGAGUCGAGCUUACGCCUUUAUCUACGUAAUAAAUACUCCAAACGCCGGAGGAUUACAACAGGACAGGGUAAACUCAUGACUCCUUAUCUGUCUAAUACACUUUUGAAAAGUAAGAAUGUAUUUAGGGAAAGAUUUUUUUUCGUCUUCUCACGAGAAUGUAUUUAGUUUAGCAUGAGGUAUGUGUCACUUAUCAAGACGCACCACCCAAUUUUAAUUAAUUCUAAAAAAUGCCCCGAGAGCAAAUAUGAUUAUCCAUUCUUUGAAUUUUUAGCGUUUGUGAUAAAUCUUUCAGCUGAUGCCUAUCUUGAGUGAAUGGAAAAAACUCUACAAGGGAAAAGAUUGCCGUGGUAUCACUUCGGAAUCUGCUAUUUUUGUCUGUAACAAGUGGGACGAGGUGGAAAAGCGGUCCAACCGAAAUCAGAAGGAAGAUCUUGAAAGGCAAAUUAUCGACACUCUCAGAAAGAAUAUUCCCGAACUGGAUGAAAAAUUCCAAAUCAUAAAGAUGUCAGUCUCUAGAGCUACAGAAGUAAAAGAGAGAUUUGAAGUGAUGGAUGAUGAUCUUAAAAGUCUUGUGAAUCGACUACAGCGUCUUCUGCCACUCUGCAUUGAGAGAAAAACAGAAUUUUUUUACUAGUAAGUUUGAUUUUAUCUCCCAAUUGAUUACUCAAACUAUCCUAUACCUUGAGCACACGUUACUGAACAAAAAUUUUUUUCAAGUUCCCUCAGCCCUCGUGAAUAACUCUAUUUGAGAAACCUGCGAAUAAAGAGUAUUCUAAUCCAACGAGAUAUGACACUUGUCCAUUAAAGAGGGCGUAGCAGAUUUCCUAUGAUUUGAAUAUCCUUUUUAUUGUCGAAAGGAGCUACAGAAAUAUGUCGCCCCAAAGAAACAUUCAAAUCAACACAUUACGAUGUUUCUAAGUCGUGUUUAAAAUGAAUAUUUGCACAAUUUCGAAAAUGAUACCAAAAUACUAAGCUUGCUGAAAUGUUAACCUACUGGUUUUGUUAAGCUAAGAAUCAAUCCAAAAGACUGCUGAGGAAAAAAAAUGAACUGAGUCGCAUUUUACUCUGAGAUAAAAAAGAACGCUUUUUAACAAGUGUUAAAUUUCUGCUCUAUUUGACAGCUGGAUCAGCGGCCAGCUCUGCAGCUUGUCCGAUCAGCUCAAAGGUGAAAUGCAAAAUGCCAAAAGGACCAAAGACGAACGUCUCAAGGCUCGGAAAGAACUUGACGAUAAACUCAGCGAACUUAAACAAGGCACCCCCAUUCGGGAAAUUGAGGACGCCAUAACUUCCAGUGUGGACCAAGCACAAAUAAAACUUGCGUCCUACUUACAAACUGAAGAAUUUAGAACAAAAUUUUUCAGAUGGACAGAAGACGAUGUGCCUAAAACGGAAGAGGGUCAAAACUUUUCAAAGAUGAAGGAAGCAUUUACCGCAUGCAUUGAACAACGAUUCGAAUAUACCCUCCAAAAGUGGGAAAGCACAGAUAAUGUUUUCUCCCAAGCACAUUUAGAAUUGGAAGCACUGUUUGACAAAGGUUUCCUAGAAUUUGAGAGAGAAAUUCGAGACAUUGACCGUGUACUUGUCGGAAGUGACGUGGACGACUUCCAACAUUUUGAGAUUCGCCCGGGACGGAUGUUCUCGCCAUUAGAUCCCAGAAUGAAAAAAUUUCUAGUGAUGACUGGCGUGAUUUUUGGCCAGUUUUGAUGUCCGUAGGCCUCGCCGCAGGAGUUCUUUCUGCACCCGUCCUUGGAGUACUGGCGAUUGGAAAGCAUCUAAAGGAUCACCAUCUGAAGACCAAUUGUUGUCAGACACUAAAAGACCUCUCAGCAGAGUUCCUCGAGGACUUCAUCACUCACAAAAUCCGCAGUUAUGUCCAAGACAAAUUCAACGAGGAGACGAAUCGCAUUGCCAGCAUCAAGAGGUGUCACCAGCAAUUAAUCACCAAAUACGAGCAACGAUGCAAAGACCUGACAAAGAGCGAAGAUGAAUCAAGGGAAAAGGAGAUCCUCAAUAAAUACCGUCCACUGUACACAAAUUUGAUGAGCAUGAAUGAAAACUUGAUGUUCGAUGCAAUCCAAAAUGGAAUGAAGGUGAUGUACCCAUCUUGCCAGCUUGAAGUGAGAAGACUUCAGUACAAUGAGAGCGAAAGAGAGGCGUGCCUUGGUGAAGGCAGCUUUGGUAAGGUUUUAAAAGGAAGAUACUCUCCUCCUGGACACAGAAGAAAAGAUGUUGCGGUCAAAAAGAUCCGGAAACAUCCAGAUCCAUCAAAUGUUGCCGCCUUUCUUUAA